AACACUUUUUUUUUAAAUGAUGGGGAGGUUCCUCAAGAGGUCUCUUUGAGAUGCUGAGAGAACUGAGUUCCAGACAAGGAGGAGGCAAUGCAUGCCUGUUUGAGCAUUGGAAACAGCACAUGGAAGAAACUGGAGCCAGAUACAGGCCAGCAAAGUCAGACUUCCAUAAUCUUCCACUGCAUUGUCCCAGCAUUGAGAGUGAUGUCUGAGCGCAGGCUUAUUGAACAGUUUGGAGUCUGUUCCUGUCUCAAGAGGGGUUCCUAUCAACUAAGGCCGAGAUAAGGACUUCCAAGUAGCUGCCUUCACGUAAGGUCUGCUUUUGCUGGCAGCAGGUGAGAUACCAUUGUUCCUAAGCACAAGUCUGUUUCAGCAGGUGAAGAAGGUGGUGACAUUUUGGUCGAGAGGGGGAGAGCAUUCUAAGGACGACAAAAGAGCCUCAAUAAAGACUUGUCAAGGGCAAUUCCUUAUGUUUCUGAGGAAAGUGGUUCAAUUAAAUACCAGGAAGGAACCCAGACUUUAGAGGCAUUGCAUUUUUUAAAAGCUCAGCUCUUAGGUGGAACGUACUACUUUAAUGGUUUGCAUCCGGUUUAGCUUCUCCAUCUGUAAAAUGAGGUUAAUAUCUACUUCAUAGAGUUUGAGGCCAAUGGAAGCCUUCUGCAAAUAGAAACCGAUAAAGAGAAGCUUCAGCUAUGAUGUUCAAACAUCCUUUGCAUCCUAAAGAAACUAUUACAGCUAGUGCCAAGUAAAUUUAGAAAAGGGGCAAGCCUGGUGAGAACCCGAAGAUGCCAGCCAGCUUUCCAGAAGAAGCCUGGCGCGCAGAGGCUGCUGGUCGGGGGUAGGGGGUGGGGUGAAUCCCGGCAGACUCCCGGGAGGAGACGAGCCACUACACCCACUGAGCGGGUGGGCAGAACCGAGAGCCGCCUUGCCCUACGCGUCGCUGUCCCUUCUCCACUCCAACACCCGGAACCUUGAGCGCGCGGAACUUCGGUGGCGGAACGCGAGCCUCACGGACCUUGAGGGCGAUGGAGCAGGCGCGCGGGCCGGGGGCCGAGGCUGACGCGCCUGAGGAGGAGGAGGGGGAGGCGCAGGCGGCCAUGGCGGCUGUAGUGUCCGCUGCGGGUGGAGCGUGCCCCGCAGUCCUGCAGGUGGCCGGCCUCUACCGAGGCCUGUGUGCAGUGCGCAGCCGCGCCCUGGGGCUGGGGUUCGUGUCACCAGCACAGUUGCGCGUGUUCCCGGUGCGCCGGGGCUCGGGCCUGCCCUCCGGGGGAGGAGACGGCAGUGGGGUCAGCGAGCUGGAAGCUAACCCCUUCUAUGACCGCUACCGGGACAAGAUCCAGCAGCUGCGCAGGUCUGACCCAGCUGCCUUUGAGUCCCGCCUGGAGAAGCGCAGUGAAUUCCGAAAGCAACCAGUGGGGCACUCCAAACAAAGUGAUUUUAUCAAGUGUGUGGAGCAGAAGACAGAUGCCUUGGGGAAACAGCCCACGAGCAAAGGAUUCACUAAGGACAAGACUCUCAGUUCAGUCUUCAAUGUUGAGAUGGUGAAAGACAAAACUGCUGAGGAAAUAAAACAGAUUUGGCAGCAAUAUUUUUCAUCAAAAGACACAGUCUAUGCAGUUAUUCCUAAAGAGAAGUUUGAUUUGAUCUGGAACCGGGCUCAGUCCUGCCCAACAUUUCUUUGUGCACUACCAAGAAGGGAUGGGUAUGAGUUCUUUGUAGGACAAUGGACAGGUACAGAACUCCACUUCACUGCACUUAUAAAUAUUCAGACCCGAGGGGAUGCAGCAGCCAGCCAGCUGAUUUUAUAUCACUAUCCUGAGCUUAAGGAAGAAAAGGGCAUAGUGCUGAUGACAGCAGAAAUGGAUUCCACAUUUCUGAAUGUUGCGGAGGCACAGUGCAUUGCCAAUCAGGUUCAGCUCUUCUACGCCACUGAUCGGAAGGAGAUCUAUGGGCUAGUAGAGACCUUUAACUUCAGACCAAAUGAGUUCAAAUAUAUGUCUGUCAUCGCCGAACUGGAGCAAAGUGGACUUGGCGCAGACCUGAAAUGUGCCCAGAACCAAGAUAAGACUUAGAGGUAUCUGGAUUGGCCCUUCACAGUGUUGGCUCAGUCCUGGAUAGCCUGAAGCCCACCCACACCCUUGAAUUCCAGAGCUCAGCAUCUGCAACAAGCAGUCUGUAAAGAGUUACUGCAAGAAGUGAUUGUAGACAUGAACCCUAAUACUUGAUAUUCAGGAACAAAGAUAUUCAAAUAUUCUGAUAAUUACCUCUCAGCAUAAGGGUUCCUUUUCAGUGUUUCUGGCCAUUGGAACAAGGAAUAUUCAGGGAACCACAAGACUAUUGGCUGGGUUUUAUUUAGUGUAAUAGUGCAGCUGCAUUCUGGUUGUUUUGACCUCCUAGCUCCCAGUUCUAUGUCUUCAUAAACUGUAGCAAUAAGCUUGAAGAUCUUAGAGAUGUUGGCUUUAUGUGCUCUUUCCAUGCACCAGUGAGCUGGCUAAAAACAUAACCCAAAGCUCCUGGCCAGACUCUAAUACAACAGCUAUUGUCAUCAGAACAAAGACUUGUAGAUGCCCCUCCACAGUUACCUUUAGUGUAACUCAGUGAAUUACGGGUAUACUUAAAUAAACAGGUAACAGUGCCUGCA